CUUCGGGAAUCUUGAGUGAUAUCGAACAAUUUGGUUUCGAUCCUCAAGCAAGAGCUUUGCAGUGAGCUGCGCGUUCACGACGGUCGCAGAAGCACAGUAUCAUCACUCAAAUAGGCCUAAAAACAAACACUUCGAGUUCCAUCAAGUUCGCUCUUAAGGAAAUUGCAAAAGGCUGCACCGUUUGCCAGAGCACAAAUCCCUGGCAGUGAACACCGUCUCACAGACCCGCUUUCAGCAGGUACAAGUCAGCUCAGGCCGCCCAAGGCGCCUCCUUUAUCUCCACAAUUUGCAUCUUCAACGGUUUUGAUGCCGCACCACGCAUCGUCGCCGUCAGCCCCCUUUCGGAGGACAUCAAUACCUGAGAAUGCAUCCAAGCCCUGCGGAAAUCAGACGAAUAGAUACCUAACAUCAAUGAGAACAUGGGCCAUGAAACUCGUUCUUUCAUUCGCAUCUCACGCUAAGCUAACUGUGUGCAACACAGAACAGCCCGCUUCAAAACACCCUCCAAUUCCUCCCCGUACCUAUCGCUCGCCCAUUCGCCGCCCUCAACACAGCCUGCGCCGCAGACUACACACUACUGCUCUCUCCAACUAUCGCAAGACCCUACAGCAAUCCCACCCAUGCCCACGGAAGCGAGGCAUAGGCCUGCAGUACUCAAAGUCCCUCUUUCAUACAAUACUUCGAGCUCACCCAGCACUGCGCGUUCGAUUCGUGCACCGGGGGAGGCUGAGCGCCGAACGGCUCGUGCAUGUUCCUAAUCGUAGAGAUCAUCGAGUAUCGAAGGUGAGAUCACGUCUGCAUUCCUCGCUCCAUGGCAGGCCUGGUGCCUUGGAUGUGGAAACUAAGCAUGUAGCCCUCACUAAACAUGCCUCUUCCUCCACCGAUUCCUUGGUGAUCAGAAAUGUUCCAGAUGAUACGGAGAACGAUGAACAGGCGUGGCUGACGGAGGAGACGGCGAGUACCCCGCAUGGAAUGGGGUACCAGACGCGAUGAAGCGCACGAUGCUGAAGCUCAUCAAGCGCGUUCCUGAAGAGGAUGAAAAUGAGGAACACAAAUAUCAGGACAGGAGGGACGAUCGCAAUGCGAUGCGAAACGUUUCGAAUUUGUGUACGUUGCUCACGCCUUUUCAGCCUCUAUGGGCGUGUUGGGACUUGUUGGGACUACACAGGGUUGACACGCAGGCUGCGGGGCCCGUAA